AUGCCAAAACCAGCCAACCCGAUCAGCAUGAAGCAGCUUCCAGAGGCCCUGAGCGUCCAUAAGGGUUGUGUGGAUAUGACCUCUGACUCUGCUUUGCUCAUGGACAAGGCAGCUGCACAGUUAGCUGCUACGCUACAAGAUAACAUGCUCCAGAAGAUGUCCAGCCACAACCACGAGCACCUUAAGGAUCUGACUUCUAUAGUGCUGAAUGGUGACCACCACGACGUUCUCCCAAUACUGUGUACCCCUGAAGCCCCUCUUUUUAAACCUGCAGAGGCCCCUACAACUAACGGCAUUCAUCAGCAUAACUGCUCCCCUCACUCUGAGCCAGAGUUAAAAGUUUCUGUGCCACAAAUGGUGCCCCAGCCGCAGGUGGAACCAUGCACUGCCAAUGGGACAAGUCACCAGCAGCGGGAGGAUGUGAAGAGGAGGAAACCAUGGCCCCUCAAACCAAAACCAGAGCAGAGUCUGACAUUUGCUAUCACACCAGAGGUGAAUGGGCACUCUGAUUAUGAAGGAGAAACUCCAGAAACACAUCAGCUCAAUCUAUCAUCAGCUCUGCCGUUACAUCCUUCCCCAGAGGCUACUACACCCACAGUGCGCUUCUGUCCCGGAGACUUGGUUUGGACCAAGGUUUCGGGGUAUCCCUGGUGGCCCUGCAUUAUCACCACAGACCCAGAGCACAAUAGCCACCUCAGAGAAAAAGAAAAAGUGAAUAACCCCAAAACAGGCCUGUUGUAUCAUGUGCAGUACUUUGGAGAUGCCCCAGAGAGAGGCUACAUUUUUGAGAAGAAUCUGGUGGCUUUCACUGGAGAGGAGCAGUACCAGGAGCUCAACGGAGGAAACCACCCCAUUCACAAAAAGACUCUCUCGGUGCCCCGUAAGUUCCAGGCUCAAUGGAAGGUGGGCAUCGCUCAGGCCAAAGAAUCUCUGGACAUGACUCCAGAUCAACGCCUCACGGCCUUCUCCUUCAUCUAUGAUGAAAACGGACCACAGCUAAAUCCUCUCGUUAUGGAGAAGUUGGAUUCAGAACUCAACAAAGUUCUGGACGAGGAAACUCAAUCAAGACUUACUCCAACACCUGAUCCAAAUUCAGCAGGAGAUAAUGGGAAACGACCACAGGACACAGCAAAGAGGACAAAGGCUGAUGUCAAAAAGGCUCAAAAGCCCAAAGGAAAACUCGAAAAUAUCAAGAAAAGUAGAAAGAUUGUGAAAGCUGGCAUUGCUUCUGAACAGAUUCCCACAAGAGAUACACAGGGCUCCAAUCCGUCCACAGCAGAUCCAUCUGCACAAACAGCCAACAAAAAGAAACUCAAAAAGUCUCAACCCAAGACUGUGAAACCAAGGAAAAAUAUCUCUCUGAACAAUUCAUCUGAGCCCAAGAAUAAAGUAAAGACCAAGAAAGUUUCAUCGGAUGUUUCCAACUUGUCUACACCCACAGUUACAAGUGCAGUUAAGAAAAUUGGCAAGAAAAGUCCAGAAGACCAAAAGUCUGAUUCUCUGGUUAAAAAGGAGGGGAAAAAUAUAAAACGGCCAUUGUCUGGCGCUACCACAGAUGACCAAAAACCAAACAAGAAGCGUAAAAUGAGUAAAGACGGAGAUGACAAGUCUCCAACAAAGAAGCGGCUAAAACUAAAGAAAACUGAUGAACUGAAGAAUACCAAAAGAAGAAUAAAGAAGCCCACCACUCUCACAGAAAAACUAAAGUACAACAGGAAAAGAAAACGGGUUGAAGAGAGCCAGGCGUCCAUUCCCACCAAACCCAAAAAGCGUCUGUCAGUUUGUCUUGAGACUGAGGGCUCUGGAAGUGAAGGACGUCCUGAUUCUCCAAGUGAUAGUUUGGAUGGUAUUAAAAAAAGAGAACAAAAAAAGGAGUUUGUCUGCCAGGUGUGUGAGGGGGCAGGGGGAGACUUGGUCCAGUGUGAGGGGCAGUGCUGUGGGAUGUUCCACCUCCAAUGUCUGGAUCUGACCCUCAAAGCAGACGACAAGCUGCUGUGUCCCGAUUGCAGCUCAGGAGUGCACACAUGUUUCAGCUGUAAAAGUUCGGAGGGUGAGGUGCGGCGCUGUCAUGUCCCUCAGUGUGGUAAAUUUUACCAUGAGGCCUGUGUCCGCCUCAGUCCACUCACUCUAUUCGACAACAAGGGUUUCCGCUGUCCCAUGCACACCUGCAUCAGCUGCCACUUGAGCGGCCAGUCCAAGCAACGAGCCAACAAGGGUCGUUUGGUGCGUUGUCUCCGCUGUCCUGUGGCCUACCACAGUGGAGACGUUUGUGUUGCUGCAGGAAGUGAGACAAUCACCAACUCUGCCUUGAUUUGCACAAACCACUAUCACUCAAAGAAGGGCCACAGUCGUCACAGCCACGUCAAUGUCAGCUGGUGCUUUGUCUGCUCCAAAGGAGGGCAGUUGUUGUGUUGCGAGUCUUGUCCCGCUGCUUUUCACCCCGAUUGUUUGAACAUCGCAAUGCCAGAGGGAAGCUGGUUCUGCAACGAUUGUCGUGCUGGAAAGAAGCCCAAAUACAGAGACAUUGUAUGGGUUAAACUGGGGACAUACAGAUGGUGGCCAGCUGAGAUCCACCAUCCCAGAAACGUCCCAACAAACAUCCAGCACCUUCGACAUGAGAUGGGAGAGUUUCCGGUUUAUUUCUUUGGGUCCAAAGAUUAUUUCUGGACUCACCAAGGCAGAGUCUUUCCUUAUAUGGAAGGAGAUCGAGGCAGUAAACAUCAGCGAAGCACCAUUGGGAAGGUCUUCAAGAACGCUCUGUUGGAAGCAGAAGAUCGAUUUACAGAAAUUAAGAUGAAACGAGAGGCAAAGGAAGCACAGGAAAACAGCAGAAAACCGCCACCUUAUAAAUUCAUCAAGGUCAACAAACCGGUGGGGCGGGUGCAGGUGUACACUGCAGACAUUUCUGAGAUCCCCAAGUGUAACUGCAAGCCCUCAGAUGAGCGACCCUGCAGCUUUGAGUCUGAGUGUUUGAACCGAAUGCUGCUCUACGAGUGCCAUCCUCAGGUCUGUCCCAGCGGAGACCGCUGCUGCAACCAGGACUUUACAAAACGCCUGUAUCCUGACACCAAGAUCAUAAAGACUCCGGGCAAAGGCUGGGGGCUCAUUUCACUGCGGGACAUCAAGAAGGGUGAAUUUGUGAAUGAGUACAUUGGAGAGUUGAUUGAUGAGGAGGAGUGUCACUCAAGGAUCAAAUACGCUCAAGAAAACAACAUCACAAAUUUCUACAUGCUCACUAUUGACAAGGAUCGGAUCAUUGAUGCAGGGCCAAAGGGAAACUACUCUCGCUUCAUGAACCACAGCUGUCAGCCCAACUGUGAGACGCAGAAGUGGACCGUGAACGGAGACACCAGGGUUGGCUUGUUUGCUGUCCGGGACAUACCAGAAGGAACAGAGCUCACUUUCAACUACAACCUGGACUGCCUUGGGAACGACAAAAUGGUGUGCCGUUGUGGAGCCCCCAACUGCAGUGGAUUUCUAGGGGACAGGCCCAAGAACUCAAAUGGCCAUCCGACAGAACCUAAAGGGAAGCGUGUCAAGAGGAAAUACAAGAAGAAGAAAAGUGAGGGGAAGAAGUCCGAGGACGAGUGUUUCCGCUGUGGAGACGGAGGGCAGCUGGUGCUGUGCAACAAGAAGAACUGCACCAAAGCCUAUCACCUGAGCUGCCUCAACCUCACCAAGAGGCCUUUCGGUCGUUGGGACUGUCCGUGGCAUCACUGUGACGUCUGUGGUAAAAACUCUGGUGCCUUCUGUCAGAUCUGUCCAAACUCCUUCUGCAAAGCUCACGAGGAGGGGGCCCUGAGACCCCUGCCCCCGACAGGACUGUUGUGCUGCUCGGACCACGAGGAGUCAGAGAUCAGACAAAGACCAGAAUCCAUCGUCCCCAUUAAAGAGACCAAGCGCAAAAACAAAAAUGGUGCCAAACCACCCCAAAAGCUGUCUAUUCACGUCAAUAAGAAAUGUCCAUCUCACGAAUGUCUCGACUGUCUGUGA